UUAACACUACUAACAACCUUUGAACCAAAGCGCUGCUGCGACUAUAUAUAAUUCGUGCUAUUUGAGAGGUUUUGUGACUAUGUCGCGUGUACUCUUAUCCCUGGAACGUGUGCACGUUAGAUGCAAAGACUGUCCUGGAAGAUUUCGCUCUUAUCCUUUGUUGACAUCCCGAACUAACUACUCUGGCAAGCUGUCUAAAGGCGUUCUUUACCAACAACCAACGAGAGCAUACGCGGGACUUAAAGGACAGAGUUUAUACCAGUCAUUUACUAAAACUAGGUCGAAGUUAUGGGUUUUGGGUUUAGGGGCCGGGUUUGUUUUAGCUUUUGGGUUAAAACACCGUGCGUAUAACAGCGAGCCGUGCAAUGCAGAGACAGCCUACGAGCCUCAAACAGACUUUAAAUAUGCUGAAGCCAUAGAAAUUAGUAGAGAUCUGGUUCGACGGAUAAAGGUACAGGAUGAGGUGGGGGCCCCAGGCAUGGUGAUUGGUGUGUCAGUGGAUGGCGCACAGGUUUGGACUGAAGGCAUGGGUUAUGCUGAUUUGGAGAACCGGGUGUCUUGCGGCCCUGGCACGGUGAUGCGUAUUGCCAGUAUCAGUAAGCCACUGACAGCAGCUGCUGCUGCCCGCUUGUGGGAAGCGGGCAAGCUGGACCUCGAUGCCCCUGUCCAGAAAUAUGUGCCUGAAUUUCCUGAGAAAACAUUUGAAGGAGAAGCUGUCACCAUAACGCCACGCCUGAUUCUGUCCCACCUGAGUGGUAUUCGCCACUAUGAGAAGGAUGCCAAGAAGGUGCGGGAGGACAAGGAGAAAGCCAAACGCCUCAUCAAGCUGCCUGACAAGAAUGAGAAGGAAGAGAAGAACAACGCUGUGAGCAAAGACAAAGCAAAAGCUGAGGACGACCGCACCAGCAAGACCAAAGAGGACAAGAAAAAGAAGGAGUUUGAACAGGAAGAGUACUACCUCAAAGACCGCUUUGAAAAUGUCAUCCAGGCCUUAGACCUUUUCAAGAACGACCCACUUAUUUACAAACCAGGAACCACGUUCCUGUACUCCACCCAUGCCUUCAGUCUCCUGAGUGCUGUGGUUGAGAGGGUGGCUGGUGAGCGCUUCCUUGACCACAUGGCCAAGAUGUUCCGUGAGCUGGGCAUGCUCAAUACCGUCCCUGACGAAAACGAUCCCAUCAUCUAUCACCGCUCCAGAAACUACCACCUCAAUAAGAAAGGCCGUGUGGUGAACUGCCCGUACGUGGACAACUCCUACAAGUGGGCCGGAGGAGGCUUCCUCUCCACGGCGGGGGAUCUGCUCCUGUUUGGGAACGCCCUUCUCUACAGCUACCAGCUGGCCAGCCUCCAGGACCGCAGCGGCCGCCUGCCUGGCUUCCUCAAGCCCCAGACGGCCAUGGCCCUCUGGGCCCCAGUUGACAAGACCGAGGCCUCUUGGGACAAGGACGGCCUCUACGCACAGGGCUGGCUGGUGGUGGAGAGGCUGCAGAAAUAUGGCCAGUGCCGGCACCGCAGGCACUACGUCUCACAUACAGGGGGCGCUGUGGGCGCCAGCAGCGUUCUGCUAGUGCUGCCGAGUGAGUCUAGUGGUGAGGCAGACGCGGGGGCCCGGGCUCAGGGGAAGGCGCUUCCUCGGGGAGUGGUGGUCACCAUCAUUACCAACAUGCAGUCUGUGGGACUGAACACCACUGCACUGAAAAUUGCCCUAGAGUUUGAUAAGAUCCGAAGUAAAUGAGGUGUGUGUGUGGGUGUGGGUGUGUGUGGGUGUGUGUGCAUGCGCGCACACGUGUAUGUGUAUGUGUGUGUGUGUGUGUGUGUGUGUGUGUGCGUGCAUGUGUAUGCAACCAUGAGAACAAACACAUUCUUGUGAGCUGUUUACAAAUGCUGGAGAACCAGGUUACUUGAAAUUCAACACACUGUGUACUUUUUAACCUUCUGAUUGUAUAUUGUAUUUUUGAAAGUUUUUUGUACAUUAACAAUUAUUUUUAGUUGCAUUUGUGCUGCGUUUCAUGAAUAUGUCGGUACUCUGAAGUAUUAUUGUGAUUAAAUCUAAAACAAUGUAUAAUGUUGACAUGUUGUUUGCAUGAUUGAUCAUGGAAUACAGUCAAACAAGACAAACAUACUAGGGCAAAAGAAUGUUUCCAUGUCUUUUCAAGAUACUACCACUAGGUGGUAGCAUCAUUUAAUAUC